UUUCUCUCUCUCUCUCUCUCUCUCUCUCUCUCCUCCUCCUCCUCCUGUUUUUACCUUGAGCCCGUUAGAUACGCGCAGUUUGAGGAGUGUGAACUUUGGGGAGAGUUGCAUCGCUUUGAGGAACAAUGGGGGACAUCGAGGCUCCGGGCUCUCGGCCGCCGCCGAGCCAGAACGCCCUGCUCUCGGUUCUGCCGAGCAAAGAGUUCGCCUCCUCCAAGAAAGGAAUGCUGCUCCUCGCUGAAGUGGCUCUCUCCUUCAUCUCGUUCGUGUGUUUCGCGGCGUCCACGGCUGCGGCCUUCGUCACCAUCCCUCUGCUGGAGUUCCUGGCCGCUCUCUUCUUGUUGUUUGCUUACUCCACCAAAUUCAACGAAAGGUUUAAAGGCUUCCUCUGGCCUCUUAUGGAUUUCAUGAGAUGUGUGUCCGCCUCCGUCAUCUUCUUCAUCGUCUCAAUAAUGGCAGUGUCUAAAUAUGUGGAUGGGUCCUCGAAGGCUGCAGGGGUGUUUGGGUUCAUCGCGACCAUCGUAUUCGCUUUAGAUUUUUACCUCAUCUUUAAUGAGCUCGCUACUUUCCUAAAGCAGGGAGGGGAGACCACCGAGGAGCCGUCAAGGCAGCAAGAUGAGUUUUCAGACUCUGACUCAGACUGAGACCUGGAGGGAUCUUCACCAGCGGAUACUCUGACAACAAGUCAACCUUUGCAGUAGAAAUGUCCGCUGCUGUGCUGACAUCUGUCUCGUCGUGCCUCAAGGUUACGUUAUUAGUGGGUGUGCAGUAGAAAUCCCACCUACACACUGACUGUGUCCUAAUUACUCUCAUCUGGGAUUCUCUGUUCGGUCCUCUUGGGUCAAACAUGUUUAAAGGGGAGGAACAGGAUCCUGUGCAGUUUGAAUGGGUUUCUUCUGCUGAGCAUCAAAUAAGUUGUUCUGUUUAGUUCAUAAUUCACUGCUCAAUACAAGUCAUUUGAAAAACAGUUAUUUUCCAUCCCCAAAGUCAUUUUUCAGUGUCUCUGUAGAUUUUGGUAAAAUAUAAAAGCUCUUUAUCGACCUGAUUCUUUAGUUAUCAUAAAGCUGUGAACUUGUUUGGUCGCAUUAUACUGAAUUGUUAGAAGGUGUUUGUACCCACGUGUGAGAUCAUUCAGUCUAGAUCGGAAAUUGUGACUGAUAUUGACUUUUGAGCCUGUAGUGUGACCUUGAUUACACACAUCUUUAACACUAAAUUAAUGUCCGUAGUGAAUAAAUGUUUGCGAAUGGCAUCUUAAAUAAGACGGGAGGCCUACACUCACUUGGCAGUUUAUUAGGUACACCUCACUAAAGCUAGGGCAAGUGUUUCUGUCAUUCUGUCUGCAUUUAUAUCUACAAGGGGCGGCUAAAUAACGGAAACAGCCCUCGGUAUAAUUCAAAACAGCAUAAAUUGCAUCGUCCAAAAUGAUCUAACAGUUCAAUCAACUCUGUUGAAAACUGUUAAACACUUACAAACAGAAUCACCGCCCUGUGGUUAAAUGCCAACCAGUGCAGUUUCAGACCUUUGACCUUUGAUCACUGAGACCAAAACGGGUGCAUGCAGACGGCCAACCUGAAAACAUAAUGGUCCACCCCGUGCAUCCACUGGCUGUCGCUGGCACGGAGGCACUUUGGAUUUGUUGCAGGUCGGUUGUAUCAGCGUGCAUUAGUUCUAGCUGGGUGUACCUAAUAAAUUGUCUGUAAGAAGGGUGUACUCAGCAUUUAUAUAUUACUAUAAGAAAUUGUACAGAAUAUAGACAAACUAGUUGGUGGCAGGUUGGCUGGUUUCAACCUCUGUCCAAUCGUCUUAAAUCUACAGGAGUGAUUUGUUCAGAAUUUCAGAAUAAUGUUUCUAUUCCUUUUAAAUUUGACUUUUGAAUGAACAGAGUUCCUGUUCCUUCUGCGGGUCACUGCAUUGCAAAUCUAUUCAGUGAACACAAAGUUGGAGAGCCUUUUCAGCUUGUCUGCUGUAUGUGUGUAUGUGUGUGUAAAUAAUGCAUUACAGCCACUUAAUGCAGUAUUAUUUUCUUUAAUGCUAAAUAUCAAAUAUGUGAAUUGUUUUUUUCCUCCAGUUUCUGCUUGUUUGUCUGAUUCUUCAGUUCCUCCACUGCCACUACUGAGAAAUCAGAUGCACUAAAAAUGCCACAGCGACUGUCUAUGUAAAACACAUCAGCAUUAAAUGAGUGUUGUAAAUCAGAAAUGAAAGAAGUUUGAUUUAAAAUUGGCGUCAGUGGCCUCUGAUUUCCAUUUGGGAUUUAAACUGAUUUGGGAAAGUUGAGCUUCGAUAGUGAUUUUUCACCAUUGUACCUUAUAUGGGAGAGUUUUGUUUGUUGGGAAAGUAAAAGUGGUUCCAUUUAUAUUAACAUUCUGCUUUACAUGAAUGAUUUUAGUCUAAAAUUAAAAAAAUAAACUCAAAUCCAGGCAAAAGAACCAGACCACGACUGAUGCUAAACAGUGUGUGAUGUUUUACACAGUGUUAUCACUGUCCUGUAAAACAACCCAAAUCUGCAAAACUCCCAAAUUUUCCACGUAAACUUAAAUCAAAUGGGAUUUUAAAUAGUUUUUUCCUAUGAAGUUGGACAAAUUUCCCACAUGAAGGAACAGUUAAUCCUUCACCUGAUCACAACAAAACUUGUGUGUACACAAUUUAGAAAUAAUCUCACGGUGAAGACGCAGUAUCAACACAGGGUCAUUUUAGGCACCUUGCUGAACAAUUGUAGGUGAAAUAUAAAGUUGUGUUGUUUGUUUUUUUUACUGUUAUGCUCUUUUUGUCUUUUGUGAAAAAAUGUCAAUAAAAACCUGAACUUUU